AUGGAUCGACGCACUCCCUAUACCCUGAGCGUCCUCGCUCCCAGCACUAGUGGCGGUGACGAGUCUCGCACAGUAAUUCAAAAUCGAUUGAGGGAUUUUGUGCUCGAGUUUCAGCUGGACAAUUCUUUCGUCUAUCGCGAUCAACUACGCCAAAAUGUUCUGGUGAAGCAAUACUACUGCGACAUUGACAUCGCACACCUGAUCUCUUACAAUGAAGAGCUGGCUCAUAAACUCACUACAGAGCCUGCCGAUAUCAUUCCUUUGUUUGAGCUAGCUCUUCAGGACUGUACUCGCCGAAUCGUUUUCCCGGGUCAGCGUGAUAUCGACCUCCCCUCCCACCAACUCCUUCUCCACUCUUCGGCAUCGCACAUUUCUAUUCGUGAUCUCAAUGCCACCAAUAUUUCACACCUCGUCCGCAUUCCUGGCAUCGUGAUCGGUGCUUCAACGAUAUCUUCCAAAGCGACUACUGUGCACAUCCGUUGCAAGAACUGCGACCACAGUGAGAAUAUCCAUGUUGACGGUGGCUUUUCUGGCCUAUCCCUUCCGCGACGAUGCGGUCGUAAGAAGGAGCCUGGUGACCAGCCCGGCGAGCAGUGCCCCUUGGAUCCUUAUGUUGUACACCAUGAGAAGUGCCAGUUCGUGGACCAACAGGUUCUCAAGCUUCAGGAAGCUCCCGAUCAGGUCCCAGUGGGUGAAUUGCCCCGCCAUGUCCUGAUCUCCGCCGACCGCUAUCUGGCCAACCGCGUUGUUCCUGGUUCUCGCUGCACUGUCAUGGGUAUCUUUUCCAUCUAUCAAGCCAAGGGUGGCAAGAAGGAGGCCGCCGUGGCCAUCCGCAACCCAUACCUGCGUGCUGUGGGCCUCAACACUGAUGUGGAUCAGACCGCCAAGGGUAACGCGGUCUUCUCGGAGGAAGAAGAGCAGGAAUUCUUGGAGAUUAGCCGCCGGCCUGAUCUUUAUGAUGCUCUGGCCCGCAGCAUUGCUCCGUCCAUUUAUGGUAACUUGGACAUCAAGAAGGCCAUUGUGUGUCUCCUGAUGGGUGGCUCAAAGAAGAUUCUGCCUGACGGCAUGAAGCUUCGUGGCGAUAUCAACGUUCUGAUGCUGGGUGACCCUGGUACUGCCAAGUCUCAGCUGUUGAAGUUCGUCGAGAAGGCCGCUCCCAUUGCCAUCUACACCUCCGGUAAGGGUUCGUCGGCUGCUGGUUUGACCGCCUCGGUGCAGCGUGACCCUGCGACUCGUGAAUUCUACCUGGAAGGUGGAGCAAUGGUUUUGGCUGACGGGGGUGUUGUGUGUAUCGAUGAGUUUGACAAGAUGCGGGAUGAGGACCGAGUUGCCAUCCACGAAGCUAUGGAGCAACAGACCAUCUCCAUUGCGAAGGCCGGUAUCACGACCAUCCUGAACUCGCGAACAUCGGUCCUGGCCGCCGCCAACCCGAUCUUUGGCCGCUAUGAUGACUUGAAGACACCCGGCGAGAACAUUGACUUCCAAACCACCAUUCUGUCCCGUUUCGACAUGAUCUUCAUUGUUCGUGAUGACCAUGAGCGAGGCCGUGAUGAGAAAAUUGCCCGUCACGUCAUGGGUGUGCACAUGGGCGGACGUGGUGUGGAGGAGCAAAUUGAGGCAGAAAUCCCGGUGGACCAGAUGAAGCGGUAUAUCAGCUACUGCCGCAGUCGCUGUGCUCCUCGUCUCUCCCCAGAGGCCGCGGAGAAGCUGUCUUCCCAUUUCGUGUCCAUCCGCAAGCAGGUGGCGCGUGCUGAGGUCGAGGCUAACAGCCGCUCCUCCAUUCCGAUCACUGUGCGUCAACUGGAGGCCAUUGUUCGUAUCACCGAGUCUCUGGCCAAACUGGCUCUCUCGCCCAUUGCCACCGAGGCUCACGUUGACGAGGCCAUCCGCCUCUUCUUGGCCUCGACCAUGGAUGCCAUCACCCAGGGUGAAGGCCAGCAAGGCAGCAAGGAACUCAUGGAGGAGGCCAGCAAGAUUGAGGACGAGCUCAAGCGCCGCUUGCCCGUCGGAUGGAGCACCAGCCUGGCCACGUUGCGCCGCGAUUUCGUGGAUGGCAAGGGGUACAGCGAGCAAGCCCUCAACCGGGCCGUGGUGGUGCUACAGCGACGGGAGACGGUGCAGAUCCGGUCUGGCGGAUCGCAGAUCUUCCGGAACCAGGCAUGA